AUAUUACCUAAUUGUUUUAACAUAAAGCUCUUUUCACACCACUGGGAUCAUAGAGUUCUACGUUACUUUAGCAACAGCCGUGUCAACAUGAAAGGGUCCGAUGUGACAACCAGAUCACGUCACGUCUCCUAGCAACUCCCAAAUAAACUCAAGCUCGUCGGUGUCGCUGUUGAGGAAUAAUCAGACCAGACGCGAUAUUUAAGGCGUUAUUAAGUUUUAUAUUCGACGGUUAUCUGAUGAAUACGUGUGUUUGUUGUUUGUAAAGCGGAACCCGAGGUCUGGAGUGCAGAGAUCCAGCCGGACGCGUUCACAGCAGAAUAAACUGUGAAUGGUGUGGAGUCAUCUGAAUUAAAACUGCAGGAUUAUGUUCAAAAACACAUUUCAGAGCGGCUUUCUGUCCAUCCUCUACAGCAUCGGCAGCAAACCCCUGCAGAUCUGGGACAAGAAGGUCAGAAACGGACACAUAAAGCGCAUCACAGACAAUGACAUCCAGUCUUUAGUUCUGGAGGUGGAGGGGACGAAUGUGAGCACCACUUACAUCACGUGUCCCGCCGACCCCAAGAAAACCCUGGGCAUCAAGCUGCCCUUCCUCGUCAUGAUCAUCAAGAACCUCAAGAAGUAUUUCACAUUCGAAGUUCAGGUGCUGGACGAUAAGAACGUGCGGCGGAGGUUCAGGGCGAGUAACUAUCAGAGCACGACCCGUGUGAAGCCCUUCAUCUGCACCAUGCCCAUGCGGCUGGACGACGGCUGGAAUCAGAUCCAGUUCAACCUGUCUGAUUUCACACGCCGGGCGUACGGCACCAACUACAUCGAGACGCUGAGAGUGCAGAUUCAUGCAAACUGUCGCAUCAGGAGGGUGUAUUUCUCCGACCGGCUGUACUCUGAGGACGAGCUCCCCGCUGAAUUUAAACUCUAUUUACCAGUACAGAACAAAGCAAAGUGACACAGCAGAUGGGAUUCCUUCAUUUCCUCUCGGUUUUAUCUGCACACGUUCAUAUUGGAUGGUCUUUUUGUUGUUUUUCAAGUGCUGUUUUGGAUCUGUGUGAUUGGUUUCCAUCUGCUGAAUAAAUAUUUUAUAUGCACAAAGUGAA